CGUCUCAUCCGACUCAGGACAAAGAUCCACUGCUCAUCAUGCCGGACGCCCCCGUGAAAGCGCCCAAGAAGGGCUCAAAGAAAGCCGUCUCUAAGACCGCCACCAAGACUGGCAAGAAGAGGAGAAAGUCCAGGAAGGAGAGCUACGCCAUCUACGUGUACAAGGUGAUGAAGCAGGUCCACCCCGACACCGGCAUCUCCUCCAAGGCCAUGGGUAUAAUGAACUGCUUCGUGAGCGACAUCUUCGAGCGCAUCGCCGGUGAGGCCUCCCGUCUGGCUCACUACAACAAGCGCUCCACCAUCACUUCCAGGGAGAUCCAGACCGCUGUCCGCCUGCUGCUGCCCGGGGAGCUGGCGAAGCACGCCGUGUCUGAGGGCACCAAGGCCGUGACCAAGUACACCAGCUCCAAGUAAACUGCUGUGAAGUCAACUACUCAAAGGCUCUUUUAAGAGCCACCCACUACAUCUAGAGACUUGUCCUGUCAGUUAAACUAUUUAUUAUAGAAAAUGUAUAAAAUUCAAAUCCUGUCACUUCAAUAACUACACAUGUAGAACAGAAACUAUCAGUUGUAUUUUUAAUGUAACCUGCCGUUUUCGUGCUUUCCCAUCUGUAAAUACCACGUGUGCAACCAGGUUCUUGUCCUACGGCCAUACCACCCUGAACAUGUCUGAUCUCGAAAGCUAAGCAGGGUCGGGACGGGUCAGUACUUGUUUUGGAGAGCGCCUGGGAAUACCCGGUGCUGUAAACUUCAUUCUUUCAUCAGCAGUGGGCGCUGCUGCCUCUUCAGUGGCGACACAGCUGACAACAGUUUGCUAUUCAACAAAGACCUGCUGAAACACACAAGUAAAUAAAACUGCCUACACUCUA